AUGGAUGCAUCUUUCCUGCCACCUUUGCGUCGCAAGCUGAUACUCGCAUUUGACAUGUUCUCAGCCAGAGGAGGCACGCUGAGCAAUGUGCCUCUUGCAGAUCUGGCCGGAUCACCCAAAGGUCCCGCGGCUCAUAUCCAGGGGUAUCAAGGUUCCCUGGUGGACGCGAGCAACACGUUUCAUUUCUACAAGGUCAUACAUGAUAAGCAACACCUGCUGCACCACAUUCUCAGACAGAGCGAGCAAGAGGCGCGUGCGAAUCAUUUGCACGUCCUCUUCGAUCAUAGCAUCACCAAUACCGGCCCACAACGUCUGCUGAACAAUGGCGAUCCAAAAAAAGUCUGGUUUUGGCGAAGUUGGUAUAGUAGCUACUCAGAUGGAUGGAGAGAUGGAUCGUACCUGAUCGGACUCGAGCCUAGACGACCGAGAUCCGACGAGAUCGUCAGCGGAAGUCCUUCUCUUUAUUCGCUGCACUUGCAAGCUGUCUCUUUGUCCAGGGCGACGGGAAUUCUUUGUGACAACCGUCAAGUGCUCAGCAAUUUUCCUAGCGGAUCAACUGUGCAGACCUUUCAUCGCGAGCCGUGCGCUCCGGCACUGGCCGACCCGGGAUGGCUCCACUUUGCUACGUUGCUCCGUUUACCGCGUCCCUUGGCCGAAGCCUUGCGCACCGUUGGACCAAACUUGGAGCAAACCGUUUGCAGAUUGAUGUCUUUCAGCAUCAUAAUCGCCAUGUAUAGUCUGGAUGAUCAAGACAAGUACGCGCGGUUGAUAGGUGGACAGCUGCGUCUACGUUCGCACGAACAGGUGAUUGGUCUAGCCGAAGCCGACUGCGGAUAUCUGCCCUUGGCGCACACUCGAGCUUCUUCGCAUCGUCUUGCGCAGACGGACGAGAUGGCAAUCGUAGUCGGAGGACGUUUCAAUGUGAGCGGCACCGACGACCCCAAUGCCGUCUCGCUCAAGCACAUCAUCGACGUCAACAACAGCAAAUCGUCUGAAUUCAGCAAGAGGCUCUACAGCGUGUCGCCGGAAAUUAUGGCAGGCAGUAUUUUCGGUUGCUUUCAUCGCGUUUGGCAUGCAUAUACUGCUCAUCGAGGUCCUUGGCCUGCUUUUCUGCCACUGUACAAUGAGCUCGCCGAGCGCUCCCCUAUCUGCGAUAUCGCCCCCUAA